CUCGAUGCCAUUUGCACAUGGCCUUAUGCCCAACAGCUUCGGCAUUCCAAGCUCGCCAGAGCUUCUAACAAUUUGGCAGUGGGCUCGGUCGAAUUCUUUGCGGCGCUGCCAGAAGCAAGUUGCCCUGCUCCCCGAGUCCUAUGCUGUCUUUGGGGAGAGUUGCGGGCAGUUUUCAAGACUGCAGAAUCUCUGCGGGACAUGGUGCUUGAUCCUCUCGCUGCUGAGCUGCUGAUACUCGGACAGCGCCAUUUUCCUGAUGAUGAGCACCGGUUGAACCUCUUGUCUGAGCAGGGGCAGGUGCUUCAUGCAGAGGUCUAUGAGAAACCAGAGCCUGACGCUUUCUUCGGCGCAAACCACUUUGAGAACAUGUCUCAAGUGCGAGGCAACUGGCUGAACGCAGGCAAUGCACAAGUCCUUAUCAACCACAAAAUUCUCUUUGAGAAAAUCAAGUCUAACAACCUGCUGGAGAAGUAUGAUCUGUUCGUGUUCUCAAGAUCGGAUCUCCUGCACUUGCUUCCACUUCCUCCUGCUGAGAGCCUCUUGCGAUGUAUCGGCCGUGGUGAUAUUCUAACGCAAGCCGGCCAUGAAUUUGGAGGUGUCAACUACAAUCUUGCGAUUAUGGGAAGACAAGCGGCGGAGAGUUACCUGUGCGCACCAUUUGAUACAGUUGUAUCAAGUUCGCUCCCCAACCGUCAAAAGACUUACAACAUUGAGCUCUUCUGGAGAGUUAUCCUUGGCCAACGAUCUCUGCGAAAUCUGCGAAUGCCCGUCACGUGCUUCAUCACAGCGGAAACAGUUCAGGAUCGGACUUCAUGGCGCAAAAUUCAGUACAACCAGGAAAACGAUGUGAUUUUCAAAUAUCAGUCGCAGAUGGAAGAGGCUUUCCAAAACCAAGCAGUGUGGAAGCAGCGACCUGAGUGGGUAGUGCUUCGCCCACCACUUGGGCUUCAAGUAACAGAGGCCCACGGUCAGGCACGCAGACUGUUCGGGCUUCAUCUAGCAGCAGUAGUACCUGACCGCUCGGUGGGAAACAGACACAAGGAACCAAAAAAGAUCGAAGGGACCACCAAAGCCGAAGAAGCCGAAGGGGUCGUGGGAGGGGCUGAACUGGCUGAGGAGCAUUCUGGUGCACAAGGAGAAGGUGCUGAGAAAACCGCUUCAAGCACCACUGACACUGAGAAGGUGCGCUUCCACUGCGUCCCACGGAAAGGUUGGGACAGGUACUUUAGAGGGAUGCGCUGCGAAGCUCGAAAUAUCAUUAAUUGGAAAGGUCGAGGUGACCCACCGGAGCCACCGCAGAAGGGAUGUUGGCUGCUUCCCACAAGCGAUGAAGCAGCAGUUGCAGUGGCGCAGCAACAAGCCGCGCUGAAUGCACUGGGCUGGCGUUUAGUGAGUUCCUCCCCAGAGGUCAUCAUGAAUCUUGGGAACAAGGUGCGGCUCCAGGACUACGCAAAGGCACGUGGCCUUCUGGAGCAUUUGCCGAAAAGAUACUCAUCAGCAGAGGAUGCAGAAUACCCAUGCAUCCUAAAGCAGGCCUAUGGUGAGUUUGGAAAGGAGUGCUGCAUUGUCUCCUGCGCAGAUGAAGUGUUCAAGGUGGCAUUGCAUGGAUUAGGAUCGCGCUGGGUCCUCCAGGAGCUGGUUCGUGGCUGCUUCGAGGUCUCGACGACUGUGCUGGUUGACAAGGGCAAUAUUCUUGACGAAAUCAGCAUUUGUUACCAGUACGACUCUGAUGCUUAUGUGUGGCCUCGUUGCAGAAGGAUCACCAAGAGCUUGCACUCCGUUCCAGGAAAGCACUUGAAGGUCUUUCAGCAGUUUCUGGCAGAGUACUCUGGGAUUUGCAAUUUCAACUACAAGGUCCGGGAGACAGGUGAGCUAAGCAUCUUCGAGUUGAAUACGCGUAUAGGAGGUGACCUUGCCGUGGAUGCACCUCGUGACCGUGCAGGCGCUUUGUUUGAGAAGCUGGACUCUCACUGGCGCAUUGCCAGAUGUCAUGCAGAAAAAAGUGCCAGAAGGUACUCCCAGGGCAGCCCAGGUUGGCACAGUCUUUUCAACUCACUUCUUGCUUCCAUGUUUGGCCCCAAACCAGAAGAUCCCAGCGAUCUCUCGCCACCAGAUGAGCUGGCACAGGUACGAAACCGACUUGCAUGCAAUGUUGGAUCAGAUUUUCCAUGCAUUGCUUGGUGUUCAGGUGCUGUUUGA